AUGGCGGGCGGGGGCAGCUCUGGGCUCACUGGCCAUGAAGUUCCAGGGCACGGUGGCUGGAACGAGGGGCCCGGGGAGGAGCACGAGCCGCAGCCGUCGUCUGGCGAAACGACGACACCACCCGUCAUCUCGUUAAACCGGAUCGAUAUUCGUGAAAAACCAGUUAUAGACGGCACAAUUAACACCGUUGUACAUGCCCUUAGCGCGGCGCCAACUACUACUAAUCCACAGUCACGUGUAACCCCUUCCCAAAGCCCGCGGCGGCAGCAGGCCAGCGCCUCCCCGACCCAUCUCCCCCCGCCUCCGCCGCCGCACCCGGGUCCGUUCCGAGAUGGGGCAGGAGGCGCACCACCACCACGCGCUCCCCACGUCCGCCGCGGCCGCGGACGCCGCUGCCUCCCCGGAGUCACGGCGGGGCUGGUGGCGGCGUGGUACGCCUCCAACAUCGGGGUGCUCCUCCUCAACAAGUACCUCCUCUCCGUCUACGGCUUCCGCUACCCCGUCUUCCUCACCGCCUGCCACAUGUCCGCCUGCGCUCUCCUCUCCACCCUCGCCCACGCCUACGCCGGGGCCGCCCCCGCCCGCCGCCGCUCUCGGGGGCAGCUCGCCAGGGUCGCCGUGCUCGGCGCCGUCUUCUGCGCCUCCGUCGUCGCUGGGAACGUCUCCCUCCGCUACCUCCCCGUCUCCUUCAACCAGGCCGUCAGCGCCACCACGCCCUUCUUCACCGCCGUCCUCGCCUACGCCGUCGCCGCGCGCCGGGAGGCAUGCGCCACCUACGCCGCGCUCAUCCCCGUCGUCGCGGGCGUCGUCAUCGCCACGGGGUCUUUACAAGGCUGAGUUCCAGGAACAGCUACUGGAUGGGGUGAAGGUUUUGCUCUCCUGUGCCCAAAGAGUGCUUGCUCAACAAGGUCCUCCAAUGUCACUCCCUCAACUCCCUGCUCCCCCUGGUGUUGCUGACGACUCUGAAGAUGAUGAAGAAUGAAGCAGAUGUUCCCUCUUCCUGCUUUUCUCGACCUGCUGGCGCUGUGGUUGCGUUCACCCUGUUCUGAACUUUUGUCUUAGUUACUUGAACUUUGCUGCAUGUAAGACUUAAAUUUGGUCGCUCUUCGGCCCCUAGGAAUCCUAGGUCCACAGCCUGCGUUAUCUGUGUGGUUGGCUGAAACUUAGCCAGUCAGGUCUUGUCUCUUUUUUGCACUCUCUUGAAUCUCCUUCUAGGAGUGGAUGGUUGUAUUUCCGUUUCAGUAAUGGAAAUGAGGAAGUUCCUCGAUU